UCAGAUCCGCCACACAGAGUGGAAGGACUGAGAAAGUGACAAAGGCUUCAUGUAGGGGUUUUUAAGAGGGGCACGAGAAUUGUUUUAUUCUUUUAUUUUUGCAAAAAAAAAAGAGUGGCACACCAAAGACUCACAGGCAAAAUGCUCUGCCACGUUACUCGUCCGGAUUCGGUGGUGAUGGAAGUGGAAGUUGACGCGAAGGCGAACGGUGAAGACUGUCUGAAUAAGGUUUGCAGAAAGUUGGGCAUAAUUGAAGUGGACUACUUCGGGCUGCAGUUCACAGGCAGCAAAGGAGAGAACCUGUGGCUGAAUCUGAGGAACCGCAUCUGCCAGCAGAUGGAUAAUGUGGCGCCCUGUAGACUGCGGCUGCGCGUCAAGUUCUUUGUGGAGCCUCAUCUGAUACUGCAGGAACAGACGAGACACGUCUUCUUCACGCAUGUGAAGGAGGACCUCCAUAACGGUCACCUACGCAUGGCCUCGGAGCAGGCAGAGGAGCUGAGUGCGCUCCUGGCACAGGCCGAGUUUGGCGACUACAAUCAAAACACAGCCCAGUACUGGUACUCCGAGCUGUGUGGAGAGGAGCCCAGCACCGCCACCAUCGACAGCAUUAUAUCGAGACACAAGGCUCUGGAAGGUUCAAGCCAGGGUUCAGUGGAGUAUCAGGCCCUGCAGCUGGUCUCCUCUCUCGAGCAUUAUGGAGUGGAGUGGCACUGGGUUCGUGAUGCAAAUGGCCAACGGCUGGCCAUAGGAGUCGGCCCAGAGGGUAUCGCUGUUUGCAAGGAGGACUUCAGCUUAGUCAACAGAGUAAGCUAUCCAGUCAUCCAGAUUGCCACGCAGUCGGGAAAAACAGUGUACCUGACAGUUACCAAGGAUACAAAUGACAGCGUGGUGCUUCUGUUCAAGCUCAUCAGUAACCGGGCAGCCAGCGGCCUGUACCGGGCCAUUACAGAGACCCACGCCUUCUACAGGUGUGACACCGUUACUAAUGCAGUGAUGAUGCAGUACAGCAGAGACUUUAAGGGCCACCUGGCUUCACUUUUCCUCAACGAAAACAUCAACCUGGGCAAGAAGUACGUCUUCGACAUCCGCCGCACCUCCAAGGAAGUUUACGACCACGCCCGCCGCGCUCUCUACAACUCGGGCGUCGUGGACCUGGUGUCGCGCUCUGGCAGCGGCGAGCGCUCUUCUCCGUCGCGCUCCCCAAGCCGGGACGAGCAACAGGACGAGGGGCUGGACUGUGGCAGCUGCCAGCAGAGCCGAGCCCUGCAGGAGCGGCUGCAGAAGCUCCGAGAGGCUCUGCUGUGCAUGCUGUGCUGCGAGGAGGAGAUAGACGCCGCGUUCUGCCCCUGCGGCCACAUGGUGUGCUGCCAGACCUGUGCAAAUCAGCUCGAGCUGUGUCCUGUGUGUCGGUCAGAGGUGGAGCAUGUGCAGCACAUCUACCUGCCCACCUGCACCAGCCUGCUUAACCUGACGCUGACAGACAACCACCAGCACCGGAGCAGCAGCAUCCCUGCACCCAUCCACAGAGAGAUGGCUUCCCCUCACAGCUGCUCUGCCACAGAGUACGAACACAAGAUCUACCACACAUAAAGACAACUCCACUGAACCCCACAAACUCCACUAUGAACACUUUGAAGCUGUACCAGCCAGAUUAAGGUCUCACAAAGAAGGAACAUUUCUCGUCCGACUGUUUCCUGCCUGGACUACCAUAAACUACCAAACGUAUACGAGCAUAAUCAAAGAUCGACACACUUCACUCGUGUCUGUGUUUUUAUUGUUCUUUCAUGUCUCUUCCGACUGUCAGUCUGUUCGCUCUGUUCUAAGUAUUGUUGCUGGUUUGUGUGUUCUGUGUGUGUGUUUUAAAUAUCAUACUCCUCUACCACAACAUGAUUUUAGAUCAGGCUCUUAUUGUCCUUUUUAAAUUAUUGCAUCAGUUGACCUGAUACAGAAAAGCAACAUUGGUUUGUUUUUGAGCUAGGCUUUGAAUUUUUGUUUGUUUUUUUCAUAUCAGGCUCCUAGCCCCAAAACCAUAUGAUGGACGUGCGUGUUUUAGACUAGCUGAACACUGUACAUAAUGGUUGAGUCUUUUUUUUUUUUUUUUUAAAUGCUUCCUGACAUUUUAAAGUUCAUCUGUUUGAUUUGAGAACAGGAUUUUAUGGUGUAACAGAGUGAAUUGCAUUUUUAUAUUUUAUUUUAUUUGUUUUUUUUUCCAUGUUCCAUGUUUUUCAUGCCAAUUAGGGGGUAUUUAGAGGCUAUGCAGCACUGCUCUGGGUAUAGUACUGCAUAUUAAUAAGGCCACCACAGCUCUGUUAUUGUGACCUGUGGGUUAAAUUUUAGUCCACCGGGCUGUGGAUGUAAAAUGCAGUAGGCCAUCUUGCUGACACUCCCACAACCUCCUCCACCUCGUAACAGGCCUUGUUGAUUUACUGCCACUCGUCCAAAACAACAAGCCUGAUUUCCUAGACUGCUGCACCUUUACAUUUUUAUCUCCAUGCCAACAGAAAGUUAGAAAUCAAGCAAACAGAAUGUUCUUCUACUAGACAAAGAACCACAAGGAUAUUUAUAUAUCUGAAGAAAAAGGAAUUUGUCCAGCAGCUGCUGCUUCCUCUGAAGACCUCCUCUCUAGAUCUCUUCUCUGGGGUGUACUAGUGAGUUCCUUUUGAUAUUUUUAAAGGGUACUGGGAGAUCUGUCUGUGCAAUACUUGCUUGCUUUUGAAAAGCUUUUCAAUUUCAAGUUUUAUUUAAUUUCAAAGACUAUUUAAAAAAACAAAAAAAAAACCUACAUUGUCACUUUACCAAGAAAGUUUUCCACAUCUGUAGGGAGUCUGGCCUUAAUGUAGCAGCAACACCACCGAGUUUAUGAUAAACUUUCCACAGACUUAUUUAAUAAGAAAAGGAAAACUUAUUUCUUUAAUGCUGACUCGCUUAAGCUCAGUCACUGCAGGGGAAGGACUUUAUUUUUCACAUGAUACAAGUAGCGAUUUGUUUCUGUUUUCUGAAGCAAAAGCCACUGUGCUCUGUAAAAUAACUCUUAGAAUGAAAUCAUUUUUAUAUAUUCUGUUUUUAACAAAAGUAUUAAUAAAGUUGUUUU